AUGCGACCGGGAUCACAGGAGCAGUAUUCGCACCAAUUGGCCGAAGGGAACAAUGCCAAUCAAGGUAGCGACAAAACACAGGAUAAGGGUUCUGAGAUUGACAAUUCUUCGCAGGCAUACGUGGUCGACAUAUCCAAGAAGUUGGCCCGCGGCUAUGACAAGAACGGACGACAAGAGACCGUCAAUUCGGGCCCUGGCAUAAGAACCACAGCAGAUGGCCAGACCAAAUCGCGUACAGGGCCUCGUGGUCGACAGCGUGGAACAGUUCUUCCUCAUAAAUACAUUGUGCGGCUCAAAAACGGCACCGAUUUCUCUUCUCUCAACCUUCGUUCAAAGGCAGCAGAGAAAAAUCGCUUGGUUCGGCCGCCGCCCACUGGAGAGAACGGGCACCAGAAAGAUGAUUCAGAGAUUAUACCCAACCAGGUAGACCAUGAAUACGAUUUUGGUACUUGGAAAGGGUAUGCGGGCCAGUUCUCGUCAGAGUUUGUAAAGGAACUGGAGUCGCAGGAGGAGGUCGAAUAUGUAGAGGAGGACACGUUGAUGUGGGCCUGGGGGAUGCCUAGCGAACUGCAUCAAAAGCCACAUCCGCUGGCAGAUCUAUCGGAUGCAUGUCCUUUGGCUGAUGGCUUACCAAAGGCGAACAUUGACUCGGUUAUGAAUGGUCAAAGUGCGCGCUUUGAGUACUUUUCUAUGCGGGCGCCCAGUUGGGGGUUGGCUAGAAUCUCUCAACACAAAUCCAAUCUCAAUGGUGAUUACAGCUACAUGUCUUCUGCUGGGGCCGACGUGGACGUGUAUGUUAUCGACUCUGGUGUAUUUGCAGAGCAUAGUGAUUUUGAGGGUCGCGCCCACAAUCUCGCCAACUUUGUCCCCGGAGAGAAAGAUACGGACACCUGUGGACACGGAACACAUGUCUCUGGAAUUGUUGCUGGUCGCCAUUACGGCGUUGCAAAGGCAGCGAGAAUUCAGGCUAUCAAGGUUCUUGAUUCAGGAGGACAGGGCUCUACCUCGCAGGUUCUCGCAGGUAUCAACUUCAUGAUCCGUCAUGCCGCUAGCAACCCCAACCGUAAAAAGAUUAUCAACAUGUCCUUGGGGGGUCAAUAUUCUCGUCCGGUUAACGAGGUUGUUCGCACGGCUGUCCUGCAGCACAACCUUCCCUUCUUUGUCGCUGCUGGCAACACUGGUGACGAUGCGUGCCAGUACUCGCCUGCAGGUGCAGAAGAGGCGUUUGCAGUUGGAGGAUCGGAUCGAUCGGACAAGGCGGGGUGGUACAGCUGCGUGGGCAAAUGCGUGAACAUUUUCGCACCAGGUUCGGGUAUUGAAUCGGAUUGGAUCCAAUCGUCUGAAGCUACUCACGUCCUAGAUGGUACUAGCAUGGCGUCUCCGCAUGUUGCUGGAGUGGCAGCACUGUUCCUCGGUGCAGGAAAUACCUAUAGCGACGCGCACGACCUGUAUGCAGACUUGAUCAGGUACUCAACGCAAGGCAUCAUCGAUGGCCUAUCACCCAAUAACCAAGGGACGACUCGAAAUCUGCUAUAUAACAAGUUGGAGGAUAUUCAGGAUACGGAUGUGAUCAAGGAUCAAGACGGGCAGCAGUUGAAGAAUGGCUCCAAUGAGGCCAAGAAAAAAGAGGAUAAGAGGAAAGGCAAGAAAAAGGGGAAUGGCUCCGGACACCACCAUCAUCAUUAG